GUAACGUUACGUCACGAAUUCCUAAAGCAGCGUGCAUUAUCGAGUUAUACGCUGAUAAGCAGAAUGGAAACAAGCAAGUGCGAGAGAGAUAUAAAGAAGAGAUCAAUAAUAGCUUUCACGAUGGAGGCGAACAGAAAACACACCGUUUAUGCUGCGUUAUCAACAGUCGCGCGGAAUUACUGACAUGCAAAAUUACGCAUUUAGGUCAAAAAUCGGUUAAAUUUACGUGCAUUAUUGUUUGUUGUAUUUUUUAGUAGUGUUGUGAAUUUGUGGCGGUGAUAUAUCACAAAAACUUCAAUCGGUUCGUUCAAAAUUGCAUACUGCAUAAGAUCUUAACAUUUUCCGUUAACUACAAACCGACAAAGAAAACAAAGCGGUGAAGAAAAUGAAAUUGUAAACUAUAUUCCCAAACCGGAAUCUUUAAAGGUAUGCUUUUCCCACUUUAAUAAAGAUUUCAAUAAUUCGGGUGUACAUUUGACAAUUAAAAGAAGAGAAGAAAUGCCUCUUGUUAAUAUUAUAAAGAGGGCUUCCACAUAUAUCCUUGGAGCAGAUACAGAGAAAACAUUAACAAAUUACGAAGAUAAUGAAAUUCUGUUCUGCAAAAACAACGUAUGUGUACAUCCUCCGGCAAUGGCUCGCCACGAUACUGAUGUCGUUCAUCAUCCUGGGUACCUAUCAAUAGUUACAAAAGUCUUCGUGGACCAGUAUAACGAAGCAAAGAGACCAACUUUAAUGAUGACCUGGAUACCAAACAGCACCCUCCGAAAAUGUCCUAGCACUUUACAAAAUUGUGGUACCGGCUACUUAAGAACCCAAAAACAAGUAAGUCUGGACAGUCUUAGCUCCACAGAUUCGAACAUUUCGGACUUCAGCAUGUGUUCGGAAAAGACUAUCAACAAAUCUCCUGAUAUAAAAAGUACAAAUCCAUUCCUUAAUUACGAACACCGACAGGAAACCAGCGAAUCCCUAUCAUCUGAAGACAACGACAAAAGCAAAGAGAUAAUAAACAUAAACGUCGAAAUAGCGAAUCCGGUAAUAGAAAUUGUUAGUACCCCGGAAAGUGUUAAAGAUUUUAGUGAUAGUAUUGAACGGUCCUUUUCAAGAACUGAAUCGCUUAGUUCGUGUGAUAACUAUAACUACAAUUGGAUGACCACUCCAGAAUUCUUGGCACAGAAACACAAUUUGACGUUUCCUGAAAGUAACGGUUGCUCUCCAAUAUUGCCUAGAAAACAACCCCACAGAUGUCGAACGUUCAGCGUUGAUCUAAGCCAAAUGAGAUCUUUAAGGCUUUUCUUUAACGACUCAAGCUGCACAUCAGGGCAGGUGGUUGUUGCUUCGAGGGAAUCUCAAUAUAAAAUUCUUCAUUUUCACCAUGGAGGUUUAGAUCAUCUCGCUCAAGUGUUGCAUCAAUGGCACUCACUCUUGCACAGCAUUAAAAGUUCGAAAGGCUACGAGGAAAACCUCCCUUAUCGCCAUUUUAUGGUUUGCCGGCCUGAAGUGUCUGAUCUUGAACUACAUCCUGAAGAAGGUCAAGUCCCCAAGUUAACGGAAGAGCUAUUUUGGAGUCUGUUCAAUGAAAAAGGUCAAUUGGAAGACGACCUUACCCUUAGAAAAUCCGUUUUCUUUGCUGGCAUGGAUCGAACUCUACGUAAAGAAGUCUGGCCAUUUUUAUUACACUGCUAUCCCUAUCAGAGUACUUAUGAAGAGAGGCUACAUAUUGCUGAUCUCCGCAGACAAGAAUAUGAGGAAAUCACAAGAAGACGCCUCGAACUUACUGGAAAUCAGUUAACGCAUUUUAAGAGAAAGAUACAAAGUGUAGUCGAAAAAGAUGUUGUCCGGACUGACAGAGGGAACCCUUUCUUCGCUGGAGACGACAAUCCCAAUUUAAAUAUUAUGAAAAAUAUUCUGCUAAACUACGCUGUAUACAAUCCAGGAUUAGGGUAUACACAAGGUAUGAGUGACCUCCUUGCACCGGUACUAUGUGAACUAAAAGAUGAAGUUGCGACCUUUUGGUGUUUUGUGGGUCUUAUGCAAAGGGCUGUGUUUGUGGCUACCCCUACUGAUAGAGACAUGGAUAUAUCUUUACGAUACUUAAAAGAAUUAAUUAGGUUAAUGAUUCCACGAUUUUACGAACAUUUGGAGAAACAUAGGGACGGAAUGGAGCUUCUUUUCUGCCAUCGAUGGAUUCUUUUGUGUUUUAAACGUGAAUUUACCGAAGGUGUUGCCCUUAGACUGUGGGAAGCUUGUUGGGCAAAUUAUCUAACAGACUACUUUCACCUAUUUAUAUGCCUUGCUAUAAUAUGUGUCUACGCUGAUGAUGUCAUUGCUCAAGACUUACGAGCAGACGAAAUGCUUCUUCAUUUUAGUUCUUUAGCAAUGUAUAUGGACGGUCAGACAAUAGUUCGUAAAGCCAGGGGCCUUCUUCAUCAAUACCGUCAGCUUCGUGAAAUACCUUGCACAUUAUCAGGCCUUUGCAUGAGAUGCGGACCCGGGAUAUGGGAUAGUACUCAUAGUCCUCGUAUUUAUUGUACAGGACAUGAGAACGGCUAUUGUCAAAGCAGUAUUAAUUAAUAUACUUAUUUAAUUAGAAAUUGAAAUUAAUUUGCAGUGAAAGAUCAUCAUUGCAAACCCUUGCAGUAUGAAAUUGAAAUAUCAGUCAUCAGCAGACCAAUAUUGCAAUCGUAUUAAAGUAAGCAGCAAAAACGAUCAAAUAUAUUUACACUAUAUAAUUACCAUAUUAAAAGGAAGUUCAAAAGUAGGAUAUUUUUCUAAAAAAAAGGUAAAGGCAUGCAUGUAUAAAAUUACUUUAUUAAUCUUUU